GUUUUUUUUUCUAUAAAUAUUUUCUACGAGGCUGAUAUUUGAAUAUUACUGACUAUAAAUUUUUAGAUGCCGUUAAUUUUUUUAAGUCCGUAUUUGUGUCGUGACCGUUUGGGUGUUGAAAUGUUCGAUGCGCCUCCCCAAACAUUCCUCCGUUGGUUCAGUCCGUAGCUAGGCCUUUGCAGCAGGGAGUUAUUUGGUGGAGCCGCAAGUUUUCCUUUACUUUACAGGUUCGUUUUAUCUGGCCAAAGAAUCCCAGAACCUUAGUUUUCCAUCUGCUGUGACUCGUUAGGAAGCGGUUUUAGUCGGGGGACACUUGAAUCACGGUGUUUCGAGGCGUGGUACACACGCACACAGCUGAAGAGGGAAGGGAGGUAUCGGGGAAUCUCAGCGUCCGCCGCGGAGCUUAUGAUGCCGACGUUGCGGGACAGCACCAUGUCCCACCCCGGAGAGAAUUCCCACCAAGUCCGGGUCAAAGCUUAUUAUAAAGGGGACAUCAUGAUCACACAUUUUGAACCGUCUAUCUCAUACGAGGGUCUUUAUGGUGAGGUCAAGGACAUGUGUUCAAUGGACAAUGACCAGCUCUUCACCAUGAAAUGGAUCGAUGAGGAAGGUGACCCCUGCACUGUCUCAUCUCAGCUGGAAUUGGAAGAAGCUCUUCGCCUCUAUGAACUCAACAAAGACUCUGAGCUGACGAUCCACAUAUUUCCGUGUGUUCCUGAAAAGCCCGGUAUGCCUUGUCCAGGGGAAGACAAGUCGAUAUAUCGCCGCGGUGCCCGACGUUGGAGGAAGCUUUACUACGCAAGUGGCCAUGCCUUUCAGGCCAAACGCUUCAACAGGCGAGCUCACUGUGCCAUCUGUACAGACCGAAUCUGGGGUCUGGGAAGGCAAGGUUACAAAUGCAUCAACUGCAAACUGCUGGUACAUAAGAAGUGCCAUAAACUGGUAACAGUGGAGUGCGGUCGACAGAUGAUUCAGGAACCAAUAAUGCCCAGCACACCAUCGAGUCAUCUAGACCCAGCUGAACAUCAAGGCCCUCAGACGAAAGACUCCAUUCGAAGCUUGAGUUACGAUGGAGAGGAGAAAGAGGCGCGCAGCAGUAGAGACACGGGGAAGUCUCCCACCAGCCUGGGCCUGGCAGACUUUGAUCUGCUGCGGGUGAUCGGCAGAGGCAGCUACGCCAAGGUGCUGUUGGUGCAGCUGAAGAAGACAGAGCGCAUCUACGCCAUGAAGGUCGUCAAGAAGGAGCUUGUCAAUGAUGACGAGGACAUCGAUUGGGUCCAAACAGAAAAGCACGUCUUUGAACAGGCCUCUAAUCAUCCAUUCUUGGUGGGCCUCCACUCCUGUUUCCAGACAGACAGCAGACUGUUCUUUGUUAUUGAAUAUGUAAAUGGGGGUGACCUGAUGUUCCACAUGCAGAGACAAAGAAAACUCCCAGAAGAACAUGCCAGAUUCUACUCAGCAGAGAUCAGUCUGGCGCUGAACUACCUCCACGAGCGGGGAAUCAUCUACAGAGACCUGAAGCUUGACAACGUGCUGCUGGACUCUGAGGGACACAUCAAACUCACAGACUACGGCAUGUGCAAGGAGGGUUUGAGACCAGGCGAUACAACAAGCACUUUCUGUGGUACCCCUAAUUACAUCGCUCCUGAAAUACUCAGAGGAGAGGAUUAUGGGUUCAGCGUAGACUGGUGGGCGCUGGGCGUGCUGAUGUUCGAGAUGAUGGCGGGCCGCUCGCCGUUCGACAUCGUCGGCAGCUCUGACAACCCGGACCAAAACACAGAAGACUACCUCUUUCAAGUUAUAUUGGAAAAACAGAUCCGAAUACCGCGCUCGUUGUCAGUCAAAGCUGCCAGCGUUCUCAAAGGAUUUCUCAACAAGGAUCCCAAGGAUCGUCUGGGCUGCCACCCUCAGACAGGCUUUGCAGACAUCAGCGGCCAUCCGUUCUUCCGAAACGUCGACUGGGACCUUCUGGAGCAGAAGCAGGUAGUCCCACCAUUCAAACCCAACAUCUCAGGGGAAUUCGGACUGGACAACUUCGACGCCCAGUUCACCAAUGAGCCCAUCCAGCUCACGCCCGAUGACGAGGACGCCGUGAGGAAGAUCGACCAGUCUGAGUUUGAGGGCUUCGAGUACAUCAACCCUCUGCUGAUGUCUGCAGAGGAGUGCGUGUGAGCGCUGCAACAUCUGUCCCCGCAAACACCAAACACUCACAAUUAAACCCAUGUUUACGUGGCGUCUCCUUGCUGCAUGGUUACAAGACAACCCAGCAACAUUAACCUUUUGUUCGAGGGCCGCACAAACGCUUCUGUUUUGCCAAAACCAGUCUCUCACUCUGCCAUUUAUAACCAUUUGCCCUUAAGCCUGGUUGGUUUGUUAAUUCUUCUUUUGUAUCAUGUAAAUCUGCUCUGAUCAUUUCUCUCUCUGGGCCGCUUUAUUGUGGCCAUAAAGUUCUUCCAAGGUUGCUGACGGACUAAGCAUCCUCUCCUUUCAGCCAAUGGGGCAUUUUCAAAGCAGGUUUUAUUUGUGUGUGUGUGUGUAGAAUAAACUACUAUUGAUGAACAUUAGACGGGGCCUUUUUAGCUUCACUCCAUGUUUAGACAGGAAUGACUUCUGCCUAGAACAAGAGUAAUCAUAACACUAUGAGGAAAAAAUGAUGAAAAGUCAAUAUAUUUUCUCAUAUUUUAUUUUAGAUUAUAAGUGUUUCACAUCCAGCCUGUGUAUAUGAAUCAGAAAAGUUCUGGUUCUGGAUAACAAGAGCUUCAGGUCCCUUCUCCCAGAAUGAAGGAAUUUAAACACUAAUAGUGAGUUAAUGCUGUGAAUGAAAGCACCGUGGGAGCUGAUGGGAUAGCACAAAGUACCUGGAUCCUGUAGCGCAGGUUUUAUUGUUGCCGGGCAGAAUUUCCUUCAUAUACACUCAUACAGGACCAAAAACCCUUUUUCUGGGACUUGUUAGAUGGUACAGUAUGCAUAAGGAAGAUGUGUUGUCCUAGGUUAUAGACUUUAUAUAUAUAUAUAUAUAUAUAUAUAUAU